GCACACCAGUGCAACCAACACUUCCUAGGCGGCUACGGUCGGCAGUCUCGAAGGGAGGAUUCCCUAUACCGUACCGGUACUUGUCACUCCCACGGCCACGUUCAGAAUUGCAACGCUAACUUACUUUUUCCAAAGGAAAGGAAGAAGAGGAUGAGACUGAAACAUUUGAAGAUGAUCACUUAAAUUCUCUUUUGAAUUUCCCUCCAGAUGUACAACAAGCAAUUGAACAGGUCCUCCCAUCUUCAGACCCAUUGGAUAGACCUGAUUUCAAUGCUGUGGAUUACAUAAAUAAUCUCUUUCCUACAGAACAAUCACUUGCCAACAUAGAUGAGGUAGUAAAUCGUAUGAGGCUCAAGAUACGCCGGCUUGAUGAUGAGAUCAGAGCAGUUGUCCGAGGACAAACAACUGCAGGCCAGGAUGGAAGAGAAGCUCUCAAGGAAGCACAGAAAGCUAUUCAAGAACUCUUCAAAAGAAUAAAAGAUAUCAAAGAAAAGGCUGACAAAUCAGAACAGAUGGUGAAAGAAAUAACCAGAGACAUCAAGCAGCUUGAUCAUGCCAAACGUCACCUGACUUCAUCUAUUACAACCCUUAAUCAUCUUCACAUGCUUGUCGGAGGUGUGGAUUCGCUGGAGAGCAUGACAAGAAGACGACAGUAUGGUGAAGUAGCAAAUCUUCUGCAAGGAGUUGUCAAUGUGAUGGAACAUUUCCAGAAAUACAUGAGUAUAUCUCAGAUCAGACAACUAGCUGACAAAGUUCGCAAAAUUCAGUCUGAAUUAGGUGUUCAGAUUCUAGCAGAUUUUGAAGAAUCCUUUGCCAACCAAGGAAGUAGGCCGAUAGGAAAUAUGCGAGAACUUGCAGAGGCUUGUUUAGUAGUCAGGGUUCUUGAUCCCAAAGUCAAGAAGGAUUUGAUGAAAUGGUUUGUGACACUCCAACUUCAGGAGUACAUGGUGCUCUUCCAGGAGAGCCAGGAUGUAGCUUGGUUGGAUAAGAUUGAUCGUCGUUAUGCUUGGCUCAAGAGGGCACUAGUUGAAUUUGAAGAGAAGUAUGGUCCUAUGUUCCCUCGUGAUUGGGAGGUCAGUGAAAGGAUAUGUGUAGAAUUCUGCAAUGUCACAAGAACUGAGCUUGGUAAGAUAAUGCAGAAGCGAGAAUCUGAGAUAGAUGUCAAGUUAUUACUCUUUGCCAUCCAACGUACGACUAACUUUGAGACCAUCAUUGCUAAACGGUUUAGUGGUAUCACCUUACAACCUGCGGGUGAGUCAUCAGAAAACAUCAUGGUGACAGAAAAACCGGUAUCAACAAAUCCAUUCGAGAUGGAUGAUGAACCAGUUGAAGUAAAGAAAUUAACCAAACCCAAGUUAUCAUCAUUCCAAGGCAUCAUCAGUCAAUGUUUUGAACCACAUCUACAUAUCUACAUCCAAUCACAAGAUAGGAAUCUAUCUGACUUGAUCAACCGAUUUGUAGAGGACUUCAAGACGCAGGGUCCUCCUCGUAUUGAAUCUGAAGAGAGCGGUGCUGUGCUGCCCUCGUGUGCUGAUCUGUUUGUAUACUAUAAGAAAUGUAUGGUACAAUGCUCUCAGCUUAGUACGGGUACACCACUAUUGGACUUAACUCAAACUUUCCAGAAGUAUCUGAGAGUGUUCGCCAACAGACUUCUCACAAACAAUCUACCAAAGUCACAAACUACAACUCCAGCUGGUGGUUUAAACAUCUCAGCCCUUCUCAAAGAAGGUUUGAAAGAAUCUUCAUCUUCUGAUGUACCAAAGUUUACUCCUGAAGAACAGUACUUGGUUUGUAGUAUAUUAUGCACAGCAGAAUACUGUCUGGAUACUACCCAACAGCUUGAAGAGAAAUUAAAGGAAAAGAUCAACCCAUCAAUGUCUGACAGGAUAGACCUCAAUGGAGAAAUGGAUGUCUUUCACAAUGUUAUAUCAAACUGUAUUCAGUUGUUAGUGCAAGAUCUGGAGACUGCAUGUGAUCCCGCUUUAACAGCCAUGAAUAAGGUGAACUGGUCAUCAGUAGAGACAGUAGGUGAUCAGAGUGGUUAUGUAACAGCUAUUACAACACAUAUCAAACAAGCAUUACCAGUCAUACGGGAUAACCUAGCAUCAGCUAGAAAAUACUUCACUCAAUUCUGCAUCAAAUUUGCCAAUUCUUUCAUUCCACGAUUCAUCAGUCAUAUCUAUAAAUGUAAACCGAUCAGUACAGUUGGUGCAGAACAGCUUCUUCUUGACACGCAUUCCCUAAAGACAGUGCUCUUAGAUCUACCUUCCAUUGGAUCACAAGUCACUAGGAAAGCACCUGCAAGCUAUACCAAGAUUGUAGUGAAAGGUAUGACCAAAGCAGAGAUGAUCCUUAAGGUUGUAAUGUCACCUCAAGACCCUGCUGAAGCUUUCGUUGAUAACUACAUCAAACUUAUUGCUGAUACAGACACCUCAAACUUUCAGAAACUUCUAGAAAUGAAGGGUCUGAAGAGAAGUGACCAGAAUGCCAUGUUAGAUAUCUUCAAGGCACGUUUAUCAUCAACUAGUCAUCCUGGGGAGAAUGUAGUGGUUGUUACAUCAUCACAAGAACAACAAGAUCUUAGUCGGAUACGAAGACUGGAGAAAAUCAUUAAAAGAAAGCUGUAGUCUUUCAGAACUGUCUUUGUCAUCGAGCCAGCCUAAAUGGAUCUUGAGCUCUGGAGUCACAGGAACUCAGUAGGAUACCAGGACUAGAGGAAAUUGUAAAGGAGAACAGUAAUUCCUGAGAACUUUUUCUGCUACUAAUCAUGGGAUUGGAGUAUGUUUUAAUAUCUUAAAGAAGUUAUCCAUCCAAAAAUACAGAUGCUUCAUUUCAGAAUGCCCAUGUUGCCAUCUAGCCCAGCUGAUUGGAAUUAAAUGUCCUCAAAAGCAACUGGGUCCAAGUAGACUGUCAGCCUGACAGUUAGAACUGCUCGAAGGUUCUUAACGGGCGGUAUUAUUUAUGAUUCCAAAAUUUUCUUUCUAUCUAAACUAAUAAUUUCAUUUAGUUUGAAUCACGUAUAUAUAUAUUUUUUAGAUUUCCAACUAUUUAGUUUAUCCAGACAGAAUCUCCUAAUAUUCUAUGUUAUGCCCUCCUCUAUUAAUUUUGUUUCUGUCUGUCUGUCUGUCUCUCACCUCUGUCCUUUCUCUCCCUUUACCCUUGAUAUCUCUCACUCUCUCCUUCUUUCUUACUCCUCUUGUAAUUUGUUUUGUUUUGUUAUUUCCUAUGUUGUAGUUUAACAUAGAAUCAUAUGAUGUGUAUUGGUAAUAAAUCACAUAUCUUGUUUCGUUUAUCUGGAUAUAAAAUAUUAACAUAGUGAAAAUGGGGUAAAGUGCAAAUGUGCCAUUAAAUAUUGAAACUGAGUCAGAGAGAUAGCUCGCUGACUUCAUGAAUUUUAUUGAUCAAUAUUGAUUGUGAUGAUGAAAUGAAAAGUACUACCAUCAUGUGAUAUAAUUCAUAUGAAAAUAGGUCACAUGAUUUGUUAUAUGUAUAUGGUAAAUCUUGUGAUAUUACACUUCAAGAUUGCCAUCCUGAUACUAGCGCCCACUAGUUAGGUACUUACAGAAUAAGUAUUCCCUGCUUCCCUUCACCAACUAAAUGGAUUUGUAUUUCUAUGGGUUGUUAUCUUACAAUACAUGUAUGCAUAAUGCCUAUUAUUUGAAUAUAGAUGUUGGUAUUGUAUAAAUAAUCUUUAACAAAAUCCUGUUUGUAUUUAUGCAUAUUCCCCAGCAAGUACACGUAUGUUCUUAACCCUCAUCCAUAUGGGCCAACUUACUGUACAUUCAUAAGAUGUAUCAAUUAUAUGUGAUAAUGCAGAUGCAGCUGUCUGUAACUGCAUAUGAUGGUCAUAUUGGAGCUUUCAGGUGCAGUGAAUGAAUAUAUUUAUCUUAUAUUGAAAUAACAUAUCAAUAUCACAGUAUUCAGAUGUAAAAAGGGCAUAUACUUAUGACUGUUGAUACAAGAACUCUCAUCUGAAUACAGGGAAAGAUUAUUCCUUAAGUGAGUUAUACAGUGUGUCUUAGAAUAAAUGAAUCUGAGAUGAUGAUUUAUCCUAACUUAAUCACAAUUAUAAUAGAAUAAUGACCUAUCAUUGUAAAGCUUAGAGUUUCUUCUGUGUGGUAUACCUAAGAUUGUUAUUCAUUCAUGCAUGAGUGAGCUAAAAAAAAAUUGAAGAAAAGAUAUCAAAAAGUCACUUGAUGUACAAUAUCUGAAUUUAAAAAAAAAUCAAAUCUCAAUGUCCAAUAUCUGCUCUUUGAUUUGAUACAACAAUCAAAGGAAAUAUCCAAAGAAUAACAAAGAUCUGGUUUUUUUUAUUAAUACCUGCAUUUCAGUAAUUUCAUUAAUCAGAUGUUUUUUGCCUACCGUACCUAUCACUUUGUUAACAAAAGACUUUGUAUGCAUGGCUGAUCCUUAAUAAAACGGAGUGUUGAGUAUGUCUGACAGCUAGCCUGUAAAAUGUAUUCACUUACCAAAUUUAUUGAAAUUAGUUAUAGAGCAUCAAUAAUUCUCAGCUUUGUUUUCUUGGAUGCACUAUACACAGCUACCAAUAAGUAAGUUUUUGCUAUAUUUGGUUUGGUAUGUUUUUUGCAACCAAAUUAUGGCAUUAAAUUACAAUUUUUCUUCAUGAAAUAUGAUUUUUUUCUUUUUUUUUUUCUUCAAAAAUCACAUUUUAUUCAGAAAAAUCAUCUCUAUAUGUACAGGUAAUUGGAUGAAUUACCUUUCAACUUUCAAGUAACAAAUUUUUUCCCAAUCAAAGCAAGGUGGAGCAAUAUCUUUAAUUUAUCUCUUCACUGAUAGACCCAUCGGGUCAAUUAUACAACUUCUGCAAACUAAGAAUGUAUAUGGGUUUUCUCAGCUCCUUUAUAAUCAUGCUACUUAUGACUAAAGCCUGUUUCCACGCCAAUUGUCCAAUAAUAUGAUAUACAUUAUUGAUAAUAGAAUGAUACAAAGUGGUCCUCUGGUGAGAUUAUGCAUAAGCAAAUAUGAUAGAUAAUCUAUUCCAUUAUCAAAUUCAUAUUCUCUGAUGCCGCUUUCAGUAACUCCCUGGUCCAGACCAGCUCCAGGCCAAGUCGUAAGAUUUUUAGUUUAUGAAUGCCACAUGUUAAAAUAGCUUGUCCUAGACCAGUGCUAUCUGGACGCUGCCAUUAGCAGCACCAGACCAGCGCCAUCCAUAAUGUGCCCGAGUAUUUGAAUGGGUGAUCGUAAAAGUAGCACCACUCUGCUAUGUAGUUACUGAACGUUUGUGGUGCGGACUAUUUUAGUGCGAGCCUGGUGCAGACCAAAAAAUGAUGAGUUACUGAAAACGGUAUAAGAUCUGUCAUUGUCUGGGAAGCGUUUCACAGGUUUUCAGAUCUCAAGAAACUCUUAUGUUAUUAUAAUGUAUAAACAGUUUUUGUCUCGCCUGCAUAGCAGAGCGAGACUAUAGGCGCCGCUUUUCCGACGGCGGCGGCGUCAACAUCAAAUCUUAACCUAAGGUUAAGUUUUUGAAAUGACAUCAUAACUUAGAAAGUAUAUAGACCUAGUUCAUGAAACUUGGACAUAAGGUUAAUCAAGUAUUACUGAACAUCCUGCCUGAGUUUCAGGUCACAUGACUAAGGUCAAAGGUCAUUUAGGGUCAAUGAACUUAGACCAUGUUGGGAGAAUUAUUUUCAAAAUCUUAACAGAAGGUUAAGUUUUUGAAAUGACAUCAUAACUUAAAAAGUAUAUGGACCUAGUUCAUGAAACUUGGGCAUAAGGUUAAUCAAGUAUUAGUGAACAUCCUGCACCAGUUUCAGGUCACAUGACCAAGGUUAAAGGUCAUUUAGGGUCAAUGAACUUUGGUCAAGUUGGGGGUAUUUUUUGAAUUACUAUCAUAACUGAAGUUUAUGGAUCUAUUUCAUAAAACUUGGGAUAUAAGAGUAAUCAAGUAUCACUGAACAUCCCCUGUGAGUUUCAGGUCACAAAACCAAGGUCAAAGGUCAGUUAAGGUCAAUAAACGUAGGCUAUGUUGGGGUAAUUGUUGAAUUGCCAUCAUAACUUUGAAAGUUUAUGGAUAGAGUGAAUGAAAUGUGGACAUGGGUAAAGUUGACAAGUCUUAAGUCACCGUUCAAAUGUCAUCUAUGGUCAAUGAACGUGGUAUUAUGUCAUUAUAUGAAUGGUGUUUUUGUGAAUGAUUAUUUUAUAGUAGUUUUCAAAGUUAGCACUGCUGCUAUAUUAAAUCGCGUAAUGCAGGCGAGACUGCCAGAGGCGUUCCACUUGUUUGAUAUAUCAAUGUAUGCCCAUUCAUUGUUCCAAAAUUAAUUAUGCUCAUGUGUAUAGUUAGGAAAAAAAUGUGUAUAGUUAUGAAAGCAUUCAAGUAAAGUAUAUCGCAAAGAUCACA